AUGCUUGAAUCUAAUCUAGCAUCCUUUCCUAUUGAAGCAAACCUAAAACAUGAGAAAAAUGGUGAUGAAGAUAAGGUGGACGUAACUCUAUUAAAAAAAAUAGUAGGUUCAUUGAAAUAUCAAUGCUAUAACAUGGGUGACAUAGAAUUCUCAGUUGGCCUAGUAAGCAGAUACAUGGAUGAUCCUAGAGUAUCUCAUAUGAAAGAUGCAAGAAGAAUCCUAAGAUACAUAAAUGGAACAACCAUUCAUGAUAUUCUUUUUCCUAUAAGCACAAAUGAUAAUGAUGUAAUGAUCAUGUGCUAUUUAUCCUCAAAUUGGUAUGGGUACAAAUAUGAUCGAAGAAGUACAAUUGCUUACUUCUUCAAGGUUUUUGAUGCACUGAAAUCAUGGGGUUCUAGGAAUCAACCAGUUGUGGCAUUAUCCUCAGGUGAAUUAGAGUACAUUGCAUGA